UGGCCAUGGUGCUGCGGCAGGGGUUUGUUCCCUCCUCGGCUUCCGUAGAGGAAGUCGCGCGGACCUGUAUCGGGGGUUUCGGUGUCCCCCCUCCCCUUCCCUGGGGUCCGGGGGUGACAUUGCACCGCGCCCCUCACGGGGUCGCGUCGCCACCCCAAGCAGACUCCUUAGCUGACGUGCUGCCCCCGUCCACCCCUCUUGGCCAGGCCUCCACCCCACCCCCAGCUGCCCAGCCAUGGGGGCCGCAGUAUUUUUCGGAUGCACUUUCGUCGCUUUCGGCCCGGCCUUUGCGCUUUUCUUGAUCACUGUCGCUGGGGACCCUCUUCGCGUCAUCAUCCUGGUGGCGGGGGCAUUUUUCUGGCUGGUCUCCCUGCUCUUGGCCUCUGUGGUCUGGUUCAUCUUGGUCCAUGUGACCGACAGGUCAGAUGCCCGGCUCCAGUAUGGCCUCCUGAUUUUUGGUGCUGCGGUCUCUGUCCUUCUACAGGAGGUGUUCCGCUUUGCCUACUACAAGCUGCUUAAGAAGGCAGAUGAGGGGUUAGCAUCGCUGAGUGAGGACGGAAGAUCACCCAUCUCCAUCCGCCAGAUGGCCUAUGUUUCUGGUCUUUCCUUCGGUAUCAUCAGUGGUGUCUUCUCUGUUAUCAAUAUUUUGGCUGAUGCACUUGGGCCAGGUGUGGUUGGGAUCCAUGGAGACUCACCCUAUUACUUCCUGACUUCAGCCUUUCUGACAGCAGCCAUUAUCCUGCUCCAUACCUUUUGGGGAGUUGUGUUCUUUGAUGCCUGUGAGAGGAGACGGUACUGGGCUUUGGGCCUGGUAGUCGGGAGUCACCUACUGACCUCGGGACUGACAUUCCUGAAUCCCUGGUAUGAGGCCAGCCUGCUGCCCAUCUAUGCAGUCACUGUUUCCAUGGGGCUUUGGGCCUUCAUCACAGCUGGAGGGUCCCUCCGAAGUAUCCAGCGCAGCCUCUCGUGCCGACGGCAGGAGGACAGUCGGGUGAUGGUGUAUUCUGCCCUGCGCAUCCCACCCGAGGACUGAGGGAACCUGGGGGGGCCCCUAGGCCUGGGGUGCCCUCCUGAUCUCCUCGCCCUGUAUUUCUCCAUCUCCAGUUCUGGACAGUGCAGGUUGCCAAGAAAAGGGACCUAGCUUAGCUGUUGCUGUGGAGAUGAGAUUAACGGAGGCUCAAGGGUAGAUGAGCUCUAAGUUUCCCAGUACCUCCUCCCCAGACUGGGCAUCUUGGUCUUUUUCUCAGGUCUGAGGGGAACCAUUUUUGAUGUGAUAAAGACCCCAAACUGCC